UAUUUAUAUCUAUAUAUAGAAAUCAAAAUUAAGUAAAGGCCAUGUUAUUGUUAGCUACAAUAAGUCGCGUAUAGAAUAUAUAUAUAUAUAUAUUAUUUUAUUAGUUAUUACUAUAUGAUAUGAUAUGAUAUGGUCCCAAGCCCAACUCCCAUCUUCAUCCAUGGCCUUUAUAUAUAAUCUUGAUACCACAACUCCAUUUUAAACCAUUCCUUUGCUAUAUAAUAUAUAUACAUAUUAUAAGCUCUUCUCUCUUAUUAUCAAUAUUAAUUCCAAAUUAUCAUGGCUACUAAUAAUAAUAUUCAGCAAGAAGAAGAAGAAAGUAAGAAGUUUGUACCAAGUAAUGAGUUUGUUCUGCAAAAACAUGCUUCAUUCUUCGACAGGAAUCAUGAUGGUCUCAUUUAUCCUUGGGAAACUUUCAAAGGAUUUCGUGCAAUUGGGAGUGGUAUUGCGUUGUCUACCGUAGCUUCACUAUUUAUCAAUAUCACUCUUAGUGGCAAAACUCGCCCUGGAAAAUUUCCUCAUCUACUCUUUCCUAUAGAGAUAAAAAAUAUACAACGUGGUAAACAUGGAAGUGACACUGGUGUAUACGACGAUCAAGGAAGAUUCGUUGCUUCAAAAUUUGAAGAGCUGAUUGCAAAGCAUGCACAUACAUAUCCAGACGCAAUGACUGGAAAAGAAGUAAGGGAAUUAUUAAGGGCCAACAGAACUGGCUCUUUCUUGAAUGGAUGGGUGGGUGCAAUGGCUGAAUGGCUUGUGCUAUAUAAUCUUGCUAAGGACAAGAGAGGAUUGCUUACAAAGGACACAAUUAGAGAUGUUUAUGAUGGAAGCUUAUUUGAAAGAUUGGAGAAAGAACAUUCUUCUUCAAAAAAGAAACAUUCUUCUGCUUAACGAAAAGGAUGCUUAGAUUGAUUGGUUUGAGGCUGGUGAUGAUGUUAAUUAUCUUCUACCUAAUUAUUAAGCUACUGCAUUUAUUUAUUUAUUUAUGAAUUAUGGUGUUGAUCAUGAUUUGUUUUUAUAUUAUAAUACAUAAUUUAAUUUUCAUAAAUAUAUAUAUAUUGAGUGUUGAAUAUUUGGUGAA